AUCGUUAUCGUGAUUCGUGGACGCGAAACGAUGAAUGACAACUGAUAAGUGAUAACUGAAAUUCGAACCAUUGUCCAUUGCUCCCAUAACUUAAUACCUAUGUCUAUGCUUUAAAAUAUAUUUUAAAACAGGUACUUUAACUUAAUUUACCUAAUGAUUGCUCUAUGAACCAUUCAAUUUGAUCGCUGCAAUUCGCAAGAUACCUAAGUCCUGCCUACUAAGUACGGAACGACGUUGGAUUCGUUCUAACUUCUGGUGCGUCGAAAUCCUUCGGCUUGGAUUAUCCGUCGUGUUCACCGGACGCUGUGCUUGGACAUGCGACUGUCGUAACCGCUUACGAUUCCACCGUAUACAGUAAAAAUGGGAAAGAAAAGCGUCUGCGUGGUGGUCUUGGGCGACAUAGGACGGAGCCCAAGAAUGCAGUAUCAUGCGCAGUCUUUGAUCCGCCAAGGUUUCGACGUCGACAUCGUCGGGUACACGGACAGCCCCGUGCUGGACGAUCUGAAAGAAAACGCCACGAUUAUUGGUGUCCCGAAACCGUUUCCGUUCGACGAAUAUGUUCCAAGGACGAUAGCAUUCCUGUUCAAAGUUGUAUGGCAAACACUGACAUUGUUUUGGGCCAUAUUGGUGAAACGCAAAUCCGAUAUCGUUCUAGUUCAAAAUCCACCCGCGAUUCCUACACUUGCCGUUUGUUGGUUUUAUUGUCUGCUCGUUAAUGCAAAAUUUAUAAUCGACUGGCAUAAUUAUGCAUACUCAAUACUUGCCCUGACUUUGGGUUCCAAUGCACCUCUGGUAAAACUCUCCUUAUUCUAUGAACAUACUUUUGGUAAACUGGCUGAUUUUAAUCUAUGUGUUACCAAAGCAAUGAAAGAUGACCUGCAUAAAAAAUGGAAUAUCGAAGCUACGACCCUGUAUGAUCGCCCGGGACCACAAUUUAAAACAAUCACAUUAUCUGAAAAACAUAAUUUACUAGAAAAAAUGAAUUUAAAUGAUUUCACUAAGCUAUCAGAAUCUGGAGAAGUGCAAUUAAAACCUGACCGGCCUAGUCUACUUGUGUCCAGUACUAGCUGGACCCCAGAUGAAGAUUUUUCGAUUCUAUUGAAGGCUCUACAAAAAUACGAUGAAAGUGAUGAUAUCUACCCAAAACUCAUCUGUGUUAUCACCGGGCGAGGCCCACUAAAAUAUCACUAUCAACAUAAGAUUUUAAAAUUGAAGUGGAAAAAAGUUUCUAUCAUUACACCUUGGCUUGAAAAUAAUGACUAUCCACUUCUUUUAGCGUGUGCAGAUCUUGGUGUGUGCUUACAUGCCUCCUCGAGCGGUUUAGACUUGCCGAUGAAAGUGAUUGAUAUGUACGGUGUUGGCUUACCUGUCUGUGCAUAUGAUUUCAAAUGCUUAAAUGAAUUGGUUCGACACAAUGAAAAUGGUCUUGUAUUCUCAAAUGAAAAUCAACUUGCAUUGCACAUUAUGACAUGGUUUAAAAACUUCCCUUCGGAGAUCUGCGAGAAACAAAGUAGAUUUUGCAAAGAAAUUGAUAAUUUCCGGGCAGUAGAUUGGCAUACAAACUGGAUGAAUAAUGCCUAUCCAAUUUUUUCGAACGACAAUAAUUAGUUUCCAUUUAUUUUGGCUAUUUAUAUUUAAUCUUGAAUACAUUUUAAUUCCUUUAUAUAAUAUAAUAUUGUAGAUAUAAUUAAUAUUUAAUUAAUUUUAAUUAUACAUUCAUAUUUCAUACAAAGAAUUUGUUACAAAAAUGUUAUUUCUUCCAAGGCAGCAUUUCUGUAAUUAUAAUUUCCAAAAUUUGUCUGCGAUAUUAGAAUAAAAAAUAAUUUAUGAAAUAUAACACAUAAAUAAAUAUAUUAUUUUGUGCUCUAAAUAUUCUUUUAAUUACAAAUAAGUUGAAAAUAAAAUGAAAAUAUACAGUUCAUGAUAUUAUUUAAUUGUUUUAGCACAAUCUAAUGUUAUUACAUACAUAUAUAAAUAAGAUCUAAUUAUUAAAGUAAAAUUUUUACUUCAUAAUAUCAGCUAGAAUUUGAAUACCAAAAAUAAUUGAAUAUCUAAUAUCAAAUUGUUGUAAGAUAAGUGAUAUAAUGUUUACUGGCUGAUAGUAAAUAUUUAAUAUGUGUUUUGUUAAUUAUUUAUUACAUUAUAUAUUCAAAAUGUUGUAUUCUUUAAGUUUUAUAAACCGUUAAUUUGAACUACUUUCUGUUGUCAUAUAUUGUAUUCUUUAAUUAUAUGUAAAAUGUAAUUGCACCUUUGGACAUUGGGCCUUGUGCCCGUUAUAUAAAUGAAUAAAUAAAUAUACAAAUAGUAUAUAUUAUAUAAAUAUCAAACAUGUUUCAUGAUAUAAUACGCACCUAUAAGUUUAAUAUACAAUUUUUAAAUGAAUAUGUACUUAUACUUUUAUGGUAUUUUUGGCUUUUACAUAUUAUUUAACUUUUUAAUGAUAUCUUAUAUUAGUUAAUAUACCUAAUGUCUAUUGAUGUGAUCAUAUUUUAUAUAUUAAUCAAUAAAAAUAAAUAAUACUUAAUGAAAA